AAACUCGCCUUCAAGCUUUGGCACAACUCACAAUCCAAAUCACAUCUAUACUUCGCUGUACUCCCUUUGAACUUCGUCAUUUCCCCACUUUUCCGAUGAACCCAUGACCACCACCGCCUUUUCCUUUUCCUCACCUCCCUUUCAAUUCCCCGUCCCCGAUUUAAUGGCCUCCGACUGCGCCCCCGACGACUCCUACUGCCCCUCCCCGGCCCAAAACCCGACUCCGACUCCGACUCUUCCCCCGGCCCAGCUCCUCAACCUCUCCUUCAACCAGGACCACGGCUGCUUCGCCGCCGGCACCGACCUCGGCUUCCGCAUCUACAACUGCGACCCCUUCCGCGAGAUCUUCCGCCGCGACUUCGGCCCACGCGGCGCCGUCGGGCUGGUCCAGAUGCUCUUCCGCUGCAACAUCCUCACCAUCGUCGGCGGCGGCCCCGACCCCCUCUACUCGCCCAACAAGGUCAUGAUCUGGGACGACCACCAGUCCCGCUGCAUCGGCGAGCUCUCCUUCCGCUCCGAGGUCAAAGCCGUCAAGCUCCGCCGCGACCGCAUCGUCGUCGUUCUGGUCCAGAAGAUCUUCGUCUACAAUUUCGCCGAUUUGAAGCUUCUCCACCAGAUUGAGACCAUCGCCAACCCCAAGGGACUCUGCGAGGUCUCGCACGUCGGCCCUCAGGCGGUGCUCGUCUGCCCGGGGCUCCAGAAAGGUCAAAUUCGGGUCGAGCAUUACGGGUCGAAGCGGACCAAGUUUAUUAUGGCCCACGAUUCCAGGCUGGCCUGCUUCGCUCUCACGCAGGACGGCAGGUUGCUGGCUACGGCCAGCAGUAAAGGGACUUUGAUCAGAGUUUUCAAUACUCUGGAUGGUUCAUUGCUGCAAGAGGUAAGGAGAGGAGCAGAUAGAGCAGAGAUACAUAGUCUUGCUUUCUCUGCUAGUGCCCAAUGGCUAGCUGUCUCGAGUGACAAGGGAACUAUCCAUGUUUUCAAUCUGAAGGUUGAUUCAGGAUCCUUGGGGAAUAUCAGUCCAUCAGAAUCCAGUCCUCCUCAUCCAUCAGGCGUUUCAUCUCUCUCUUUCAUGAAAGGUGUUCUGCCAAGGUAUUUCAGCUCAGAAUGGUCAGUGGCUAAAUUUCACUUGCACGAAGGUUUGGAGUACAUUGUUGCCUUCGGCCACCAGAAGAACACUGUCGUGGUUCUAGGCAUGGAUGGAAGCUUCUAUCGAUGUGAAUUUGACCCUGUCAAUGGAGGAGAAAUGACUCAGCUUGAAUAUUAUAAUUUCUUGAAGCCAGAAGAAACCUUCUGAAUCAUUGUAAAUGUUUUUUUUUUCCUUGGUAGUGAUUUCUGAUCUCUGUUUAUAUCAUGCUUCCUCUUCUCUAAAUUCAUUAGGGGACUGAAAUACUCGUAUACAUUGUAAAUAUCCGAGGAAAAUGAAACGAGUCCAACUACUUUUUAUUUUACCAACAUGGAUCAUUCAACUUAAA